CAAGAGCACCUAUAAAAAGUAAUUGACUUCCAAUGGUACCACAUAGUAGUAGUCGUUCAAGAGAUCCACUUCACCAUGAAAUUGUUCCUCGUGCUAGCCGCAGUGAUCGCUGCAGUUCAUGGCAAUUCUCUGAUUUGCCGCAACUACCGAUCAGGAGCCUUGGUGCCCAAUCCGGAAAAUUGUUCCGAAUUCUUCAUGUGUCGUCCGGGACGGGCGAUCCAGUUCAGCUGUCCACCGUACACUCGAUUCAACGUUGCCAUCCAGGCCUGCGAUCCGACCAAUGCCGUCAUCUGUAAGCCCGGUAAGCUUCCGGUGGACGUUGAGUAUACUCCCAUCCGGGCGCAACCUUCGGUUAUCGAACACACCAACACGGCCUGCAUCGGCAAGCAGGGCAUUCUCCUGUUGGCUAACCCCAAAUCGUGCAGUUCCUUCUACCAGUGUUCCCCAACCGGAGUGAUUGCCUUCGAGUGCCCUGCCGGAACGCUGUUCGACGCCAACCGCAAAUACUGCGAACGUAGCGAUAUUGCAUCCUGCUUAAGCGCCCCAGUUGUGCCACCAAACUACCCGGAUGUUCCGGUAAUGCCUGAGCUACCGGCUCUGCCACCGGCGGCCGUUGAGGACCAGAUUCUGCAGCGUUGCAACGGAUACCCUCAGGGACACAAGCUGCGUCAUCCGUUCAACUGCCGUCAGUACAUCCAGUGCAGCACCAUGGACCGCUCGAGGAUCUUCACCUGCCCAACGGGAACGGCCUUCGAUGAGGCCCGCGCUACUUGCGACUGGGAACGGAAUGUGAAGUGCUAGGUCGAUGAAAUGGACGUAGUGAAGUUUUUUUUGAAGAAAUUUUACAUCUUGAGCACGGGUGAAUCAGUUUAAGCUACAGCUAAUGGGUGGUGGAUACAUAUAUCAGAGGUACAAUUUAAUAUCGAAUAAAGUUUUUUUGCGGCUUUGAAUUGAA